AGAUGAAGCAGGAAAAAAAGAUUCAAGUAAAGCGAAGUUUCUUCAGAUAAUAUUAGUCACGGCUGGGGCUGUACUCCAGUCUCCACUCUUCCUCUCAUUUGAGACUUUUGGACCCCACUGAAAGGACUAAAUGACUUAAAUUUGGAUUUCAUUGCAAUAUGUUGAGGGUCAUAGUAGAGUGCGCAAAAGGGAUCCCCAAAAAGAAACUAGGAAACCCAGAUCCUAUAACUACAGUUGUGUUUAGAGGGGAAAAGAAGAAGACCAAAGCAGUUAACAGUGAGCUGAAUCCGGUUUGGAAUGAAAUCCUUGAAUUUGAUCUGGACGGCUCUCCUUUGGAUGCAUCUUCAUUUAUUGAUGUGGUUGUGAAGGACUACGAAACCUUUGGGAAACAUAAGUUUAUUGGCUCCUCAAAAAUCUUGUUGGGAGACUUGGCCGGUGGACAUGUGGCAUCCCUCCCAUCCAAAAAUGUGCCUUUAAUUAAUGAGAAACAACAGAUAAUUGGGGCAACAAUUUCUCUUCUUAUUGUGUAUGAGAAACCUUCCAACGCUGAUGAUCAAACAGACGAAGACAUGUCUGACGGUGAGCAUGUGGAGAACGGGGAACAGGGGGAUGUGGUUGGAGGAGCCCAGAGCCAAAGUCCAACAGUUCCCACUUCACCAAACCUUCCUGCACGGUCCGACAAAAAGCCACUUUGCCUUACCAGAAAGAGAAACAAACCUCUGGCCAGUGAGGCUCAGGACUUCCAGAUUCGGGUUCGAGUAAUCGAGGGUCGACAUUUACCUGGCAUCGACAUCAAGCCAGUAGUGAGAGUACUUUUUGAUGGAAAGACUCACAGAACGAAUGUCAGAGGAGGAAAUAAUCCGUUUUUCGAUGAGAUGUUUUUCUACAAUGUUAACAUGUCACUCUCAGACCUGUCUGAUGAGAGCAUCACUUUUUGGGUUAAUCAUUCCUUCUUCCUCAGAUCAGAAAGUCUACUGGGAAAGUUCAAACUGGAUGUGGGGUACAUCUACAAUGAACCUGGUCACGCCAUUAUGAGGAAAUGGCUCCUGCUGAAGGAUCCUGAUGACUCCACCAUGGGGGCUAGAGGAUACCUAAAAGUCAGCAUAAUCAUUAUGGGCACUGGAGAUGAAGCACCGAUUGAAAAUAGACUAUUUAGGGCUGAGCAGGAUGACUUAGAAAGUAACCUGUUGGUGCCAGCCGGCGUCUCCAUGCGGACAGCCACUCUGAGCCUGAAAGUCUACCGUGCCGAGGACAUGCCGCAGAUGGAUGACGCCACUGUUCAGACAUUAAAGCAAUUCCUUGGAGGAGAAGGAGACAAGAAAAACUUGGUCGAUCCAUACUUGGAAGUCAGCUUUGCUGGGAAAAAGGUGUGCACUAAAAUAAUUCAGAAAAACGCAAAUCCAGAAUGGAAUCAACUCAUCAGUCUCAACGUCAAAUUCCCGUCCAUGUGUGAAUACAUCAAGUUGACCAUGUAUGACUGGGAUCGUCUGAGCAACGAUGAUGUCAUUGGAACAACAUUCUUAAAUCUGAGCCAAAUAUCUCACUCUGGUGGCAAUGUUGAAGACACACAAGCAGAAGCUUGCAAUGCAGUUUCUGAAGUGGGUUCUACAGCGCCAGAGGUUGGUUUCCUGCCAGCUUUUGGACCUUGCUUUGUUAAUCUGUACGGAAGUCCAAGAGAGUAUGGUGACCUGCCUGACAGAUUUGAGGAACUAAACUUCGGCAACGGAGAGGGCGUUGCUUACAGAGGAAGGGUUCUUGUAGAACUUUCCACGCAUUUGGAUAAAAAAGUUGAGAAGAAUGUAGAUGACAUUCCCAGGGAUGAUGUCUUGGUGGCACAGAAGUUUCAGCGCAGGAGGAGGUACUCUCUGUGCUCAGUUUUCCACAGUGCCUGCAUGCUACAGGAACCUGGCGGGCCAAUCCGGUUUGAGGUCACCCUUGGUAAUUACGGCAACAAGCUGGAUUCCACCUGUAAGCCCCUGGUGUCCACAACCCCAAACUGCUUUGCUGUGUUUGAUGGUAAUCAUUAUUAUUACCUGCCCUGGGCUGACACCAAGCCGGUGGUGAUCCUCACUUCUUACUGGGAGGACAUCAGUCACCGUUUGGACGCCAUCAACAUACUUCUCUUCACUGCUGACCAAUUGGAGUCAAACCUAAAUUUGUUGAAAACAGCCAUCUCAGCAAAGGAACCUGAGUCACGACUGACAGAGAUUUGGCUCAAACUCCUUGACCACAUCAUUGAGGAGCUUGUUAGCUUAAAGCUUCCGGCCCUCGAAGACCGGCUAAAUGUAACAGUGCUGGAUCUCCAAAAAAAGAAUCUGCGGGAGGCUGCCGUGUACAACAUCAUGCAGAUGGCCUGCUGCAUGAAAGAAGAAGCCAGAGAUAUUGGAUCUACAGUUGCUGACAUUGAAGACUGGCUGGACAGAAUCAAGCAGCUGGCAGAAGAGCCUCAAAAUAGCAUGCCUGAUGUGAUCAUUUGGAUGUUCAGAGGAGAGAAGCGAGUGGCUUAUGCCCGAGUCCCAGCCAACCAGAUUUUAUACUCUAGCUUCAGCAAACAGGCUUGUGGUAAACAUUGUGGAAAGAUUCAGACCAUCUUCAUGCAGUAUCCCAUGGACAAAAACAAAGGUGUGAAGAUUCCCGCUGAACUUCGUUUCAACAUGUGGCUCGGCCUCUCUGUUCAUGAGAAAGAGUUUAGCCGCUUCUCUGAGGGAAACUUCAGCAUCUGCGUUGAAAUGUACGAGAACCAGGCUUUGCUUGGAAAAUGGGGAACUGCUGGACUGAUCAAUUGUCACAAGUUCUCAGAUGUUACUGGAAAGAUCAAGCUCAAACAAGAGCUGUUUCUGCCUCCCCAAGGAUGGGAAUGGGAGGGAGGUUGGUUUGUUGACCCUGACCGAUGUUUGUUGGCUGAGGCAGAUGCAGGCUGCUCAAAGUUCACAGACGAAGUUUUUCAGAAUGAAAUCCGUUUUCCUGGUGGAGAGUGGAAGCCUGCUGCUGAGCUGUACACAGAUCUGAAUGGGGAAAAGGUUGCAAGCCCAAAAGAGUUUGAGUGUCCUCCUGGAUGGACCUGGGAGGAUGACUGGAGUUUUGACAGCAACAGAGCUGUAGAUGAGAGAGGUUGGGAGUAUGGAGUGACCCUACCCCCUAAUGAAAAACCCAGUUCCUGGGUUGCAGCAGAGAAGACGUUCCAUGUUCAUCGCAGGAGGAGACUUAUCCGACCAAGAAGGAAAUUAUCUGGGAAAAAGACUGUUGCCAAGAGACGAGAUUCAGAGGAAGGCUGGGAAUACUCUUCCCUCUUUGGUUCAAAAUUUCACAUUAAGGAGCGCUGCUCUGACACCUUUCGUCGCCGCCGCUGGAGGAGAAAUAUGAUCCCUUCACACUGCUCUGGUUGUUCUGCCAUCUUCAAGCUGGAGGGAGUGUUGGGGGCAAGUAAAACAGAGGAAGACAAAUUGUUUGGUGCAAAGACCCCCACUGUUUCCUGUCAUUUCAGCUGCUCGUACAUUUACCAUCUCAGGGUGUACAUCUACCAAGGCAGGAAUCUCUGUCCCAUGGACCACAACAGCUUCUCAGAUCCCUAUGCCCAUGUCUCAUUUCUGCACAUGAGUAAGACGACACACGUCAUACAAAACACACUGAACCCCAUAUGGGACCAGACUCUCAUAUUUGAGGACAUAGAAAUCCAUGGAGACCCUCAGACUGUUGCCAGCUGUCCUCCCGAAGUGGUCCUGGAGCUCUAUGACAGCGAUCAAGUGGGCAAGGAUGAGCCCAUGGGUCACUGCAAAUACCCGCCUUUGAUCAAUCUGCAACCUAAUAUUGGUUGCAGGCCAAAGCUGCAAUGGUUGCCAAUCACCAAAAAGGGUCACAACGCUGGAGAGCUUCUGCUGGCUGCCGAGCUCCUACUGAAGCUGGACGAUGAUGAUCUUCCAAUAGUUCCUCCUCGGCGGAGUGAGAAGCUCUACAUGGUUCCUCAGGGAAUCAAGCCUGUUGUUCAGCUCACAGCUAUCGAGGUCCUGACUUGGGGGUUGAGGAACAUGGAAGCCUUCCAACUGAGUCCAGUGUCCUCCCCCAGCUUGAUAGUGGAAUGUGGGGGGGAGACUGUUAAAACUGCUAUCAUCAAAAACUUCAAAAAGAACCCAAACUUCCCUGGUUCUGUAUUACUCCUCAAAGUGCUUCUCCCCAAAGAGGAGAUGUACGCACCUCCCAUUGUGCUGAAGGUAAUCGACCACAAACCCUUUGGUUGGAAACCAGUGGUGGGACAGUGCACUAUUCGCUCUCUGGGGGAGUUCCGCUGUGACCCGUACAGGACUAACAGUGACAUCUGCAUGUCCUCCAGAGUGGCAAUGAUGGCGGAUGCCCAAGAAAAUGUUGUCAUAGACGUGGAAUCCAGAGCCAUAAGUGAAACAAGGCUUCAAGACGAAAAGGAGGAUGAGGCUGUCGACUGGUGGAGUAAGUUUUACUCUUCUCUCGGAGAGCAACAGAAAUGUAACCCUUACCUGAGGAAAGGAUACGACACAUUGAAGGUUUACAACUGUGAACUGGAAAAAGUGGAACAAUUUCAGGGACUGACUGACUUCUGCAGAACAAUCAAUCUUCAUCAGGGCAAAACUGUUGAUGAUGACGAGGAUCCCUCUGUGGUGGGACAGUUCAAAGGUUCGUUCAAGAUUUACCCAUUGUCCGAUGACCCAAGUGUCCCUGCUCCUCCUUGCCAGUUCAAAGAGCUCCCUGAAAGCGGACCACAGGAGUGUCUGGUCAGAAUAUAUGUGGUCCGCUGCAUUGAGGUGCAGUCUAAGGACUCAAAUGGCAAGUGUGAUCCAUACAUUAAGAUCACACUUGGUAAGAAAACACUGGAUGAUCGAGAUAACUACAAACCAAACACCCUCAGUCCAGAAUUUGGAAGGAUGUUUGAGUUGUCAUGUACCCUGCCUCAAGACAAAGAUCUAAAGAUUGCCGUUUAUGACUUCGAUAAGUGGAGCCGAGAUGAAGAGGUAGGCGAGACGGUGAUCGAUUUGGAGGACAGGCUUUUGUCAUAUUUUAGGCCAUGCUGUGGUCUGCCUCAAACCUACUGUGUGUCAGGGGUAAAUCAGUGGAGAGAUCAACUAAAGCCAUCUCAGAUCCUUCAGAAUGUGGCCAAAAUGAGGGGAGUUCCUCCACCAAGCAUAGAGGAAGAUGGCAGAUCAUUGUUGUUCUCAGGAAAACGAUACCACCUGCAGGAUUUUGAGGCAAACAUUUUGAUCCACUCACACUUAGGCCCAGAGAAAGAAAGGCUUUCCCUGCAUGUGCUCAGAAACUUGGGCUUGGUGCCAGAGCAUGUAGAGACCAGAACCCUGAGCAGUUCCUACAAAUCAAAUUUAUCACAGGGAAGAAUUCAAAUGUGGGUGGACAUUUUCCCCAAAAGACUCGGCUUGCCUGGCCCGCCAUGUGAAAUCAGCCCCCGCAAAGCCAAAAAGUACUUUUUGCGAGUCAUUAUUUGGAACACAUCAGAUGUCAUUUUGGAUGACGCAAGCAUCACUGCAGAGAAGACAAGUGACAUCUAUGUGAAAGGGUGGAUGCCUGGAAUGGAGGAGGAUAAACAAAGGACUGAUGUGCACCACAACUCUCUGGAUGGAGAUGGUAACUUCAAUUGGAGGUUCAUCUUUGAAUUUGAAUACUUGUCUGCAGAGCAGCUCUGUGUCAUCUCCAAGAAAGAACAAUUUUGGAAUUGGGACAAAACAGAAUAUCGGAAUCCACCUAAACUGAUUGUCCAGAUCUGGGACAAUGACAGGAUUUCAUUGGAUGACUACUUGGGUUCUGUUGAGCUGGACCUGCUCAGGCUUGUCCCUCCUGCCAAGACCCCAGAGAAGUGUACCCUUAAAAUGUUGCCGGGAAUGAAAGGAACUGUUGCCUCCAAAGCAAAGCCCACAUCCCUUUUCUCCCGGAAGUCUGUGCGAGGCUGGUGGCCAUGUGCAAAUGCACAGAAUGGAAGUUGUGUGCUUACUGGAAAAGUAGAGAUGACACUAGAAAUAGUGGAUGAGAAGGAAGCAGAGGAACGACCUGCUGGGAGGGGUAGAAAUGAGCCCAACAUGAAUCCCAAACUGGAUCCACCCAAUCGCCCUGCAACAUCUUUCGCCUGGUUCACAAACGUUUCCAGUAUUCUAAAGUUCAUGACGAGGAUCAAGUUUAGGUGGAUUUUCGUUUGGGGAGUUCUUCUUGUGUUGGCCAUCUUCUUCCUUGGGAUCAUGUUCCUCUCUAUACCUAGUUACUUUGCAAUGAAGAUUGUGAAGCCUUUGACCUGAGAACUACCAGAGAGACAUUGUUGGUCUUCCUGCAGCCCAAUCUACCGUUUUUUAAACAAAGUUUGAGCUUCAGUCAUUUCUUACAACUUCAAAAGUUUGAAUGGAACUUUAACGUCUUUUUUUUUGCACUCCUUACUUGUUUCUUUUUUAAAACAAAUCAGGUUCUUGAGUUUCAGACACAAAAUAAAUAAAUAAAAAUGUAUAUUUGAUUUUUUUUAAUAUCUAUAAAUUCCAAUGUUCCAAACACUGCAUUUCUUUGAUAAAUAAAAAAAGAUUUAUGCAUCAAAA